UGGUUCGAUUCACUUUUCGGCUAUUACGAGGCUCAACCGAUCUAUUGAUCGUGCUUUGAAAACUCUGACCCAGGCUUCCGUUUCCGCCCGUAAGUUUCCCCAUUUCACGUGGUUGAAGAUGGUGUCUGCUAAUCGGGAAAUGGUUGUUUUUUGCUUCGACACGCUCGUCGCUCAUUACAACAGUGAACAAGCGCCUCCACCGGCUUUUGAUGAGGGCCAACACCCAUUGUUUGUCACUUGGAAGAAAGUAUUGAAUGGUGGGGAGCCUCGUCUGCGUGGAUGUAUUGGAACUUUAGAAGCGCGCUGUUUGAUCAAUGGGUUCAGAGACUAUGCUCUGACCAGUGCUCUAAGGGACCGUCGAUUUCCUCCCAUCCAGGCUAAAGAAUUGCCCUAUUUGGAAUGUACAGUUUCUGUUCUGACUAAUUAUGAAAAUGCUCUGCACUACCUUGAUUGGGAGGUAGGGAAGCAUGGCAUAAUUAUUGAGUUUACUGAUCCUGACUAUAAUACACGACGGAGUGCGACAUAUUUGCCUGAAGUUGCUGCUCAUGAAGGGUGGACAAAUACAGAGGCAAUUGACUCACUGAUGCGCAAGGCGGGAUAUAAUGGUGCAAUCACCGAGUCACUCCGGAAGAGGAUCUCCCUGACUCGUUACCAGAGCACAAUCUACACCAUGCACUACAGUGACUAUGCCGCUUAUGUGAAAAAAAACAGAGGGGAGGCCCCUGCAAUUGUUGGGGGCAAGCCCAACAACCAUUGAUUAACAUGAAACUGCUCUUAUUAAGACAGAUUAUGAGCAGGUAGGUUUGGGAAGAAUUUGUGCAAGUGUUCCAGACCAUCUGCUUAAUCAUAGUGAUACCAUGUCCAUUAUUCUUCAAAUUUAUUUCAUUUGAAGAUUAAAAUGUUGUGUUUAACUUAUGGAAUUCCCUAAUGAAAUUCAGUCA